AUGUCAACCCUAGUGACUUUGCCAGCGGAUGUACAGCUCCUGAUACUGGAUUAUAUCCGAUUGCCUUCCCACCUCAAAGCCAUUUGUCUAGCCUCAAAAGCGUGGGAUGAGCUAGCUAGGCCUUUACUAUACAGGAAGGUUACUAUCAAUGUGUUUGAUGAGGAUGAGGUGGCGCGUUUUGAGCGCUGCAUGAAUGCAGGUGCUCAAGCGCAUCUUGAUGGGACCAGGUCUUUGACGCUGAUGGACAGCCUACCACCACCAGAAGCUCCAGAAUUCCAGGUCCAAGCACAUCGACACUUCUACAAGGCAGAAAAGCUGAGGCCAGUGGAGAUCGGUCAGAUAAGAGCAGUCUUAGCUUACUUCCUGCCCAAUCGUUUGCACACUUUUCGGUGCGUUACCUCACUUCUGCAAUACCCGGGUGGCAUAAGCGCCAGACCUGUGAGAUUACAUGACAUGCUUCUGCCACAAAACAACGAACUAUCCAGCAUAGAUCUUGCUGAACUGUUGCAGGUUCCUCUCGACACUAUCCUUUCAUGCGGAGACCGCGCAUGA